UAAAGAUGCUAAUUAAAGCCCAGUAGUUUCUGGAGCCAUCCUACUUCCUCCAUCUCAUGACAUGCUCUUGUAUCGUCCCUAUGUUUCACAGAACUGUGUUUGACAUAAGUGCAGACUCAGGCUGUCAGGAUAGACAGUUUCGUGGAUGCGAUGACGAUUGGCAGGGCCGAGCAGCUGCAAGGAGUGAUCGAAGGACAAAAGUAUUGAGACCAGGAGACUGAUUCACCAAUUACGCUGAGCACCUUAUGGUAGUUUGUGGCCGUCGUCUCCCGAAUGAACGUUGGCGAGACUUGGAGGCCAACAUCGCUCGCCUCGCUCCUG